CCGGCUGGGCCGCGAGGGAGGAUCCAAAUAUCCCUGGAAAACCGCACGCGGAGGCUGCUUAUGGCACUUGGAAAAUUAUCCAGCGGUUCAGUGCUGAGGGAAUUCUGUGGGAGCAUGGCUGGGGCAGGACUUGGAGUCUGGAAUGCAGGCGCUGAUGCGGGAUGCUCCUCCCUGCCUCCCUGCUGGAUCCGUGCCGUGGGGCUGUGAUCCCGCCGCGCUCCCAGGAGCCAUGAGGAGGUUUGGCUACUGCCGGGUGGUGCUGGCCACGUCCCUGCUCUGGGUGCUGCUGGACGUCUUCCUGCUGCUCUACUUCAGCGAGUGCAACAAGUGCGACCGGCCCAAGGAGCGCUCCCUGCUCCCGGCGCUGCGCGCCGUUAUUUCCCGGAGCCAGGAGGGCCCGGGGGAGAUGGGCAGGGCCGUGCUCAUCCCCAAGGAGGAGCAGGAGAAGAUGAAGGAGCUGUUCAAGAUCAACCAGUUCAACCUCCUGGCCAGCGACCGCAUCGCCCUCAACCGCAGCCUGCCCGACGUGCGGCUGGACGGGUGCAAGAGCAAGGUGUACCCGGAGGAGCUGCCCAACACCAGCGUGGUGAUCGUGUUCCACAACGAGGCCUGGAGCACGCUGCUCCGCACCAUCCACAGCGUCCUGGAGCGCUCCCCGCCGCGCCUGCUGGCCGAGAUCGUCCUGGUGGAUGAUGCCAGCGAGAGAGAGUUCUUGAAGGCGUCCUUGGAGAAUUACGUGAAAAAGCUGGAAGUGCCCGUCAAAAUCCUGCGGAUGGAGCAGCGGUCGGGGCUGAUCCGGGCGCGGCUCCGAGGGGCAGCGGCUUCCCGGGGCCAGGUGAUCACAUUCCUGGAUGCCCACUGCGAGUGCACCCUGGGCUGGCUGGAGCCUCUGCUGGCCAGGAUCAAGGAGGACAGGAAAACCGUGGUGUGUCCCAUCAUCGACGUGAUCAGCGAUGACACCUUCGAGUACAUGGCGGGCUCGGACAUGACCUACGGGGGCUUCAACUGGAAGCUGAAUUUCCGCUGGUAUCCCGUGCCCCAGCGGGAGAUGGACCGCAGGAAAGGGGACCGCACCCUGCCCGUCAGGACCCCAACUAUGGCUGGUGGCCUGUUUUCUAUUGACAGGAACUACUUUGAAGAGAUAGGAACUUACGAUUCGGGAAUGGAUAUCUGGGGUGGCGAGAAUCUUGAAAUGUCCUUUAGGGUGUGGCAGUGCGGCGGCUCCCUGGAGAUCGUCACCUGCUCCCACGUGGGCCACGUGUUCCGCAAGGCCACCCCCUACUCCUUCCCGGGGGGCACCGGCCACGUCAUCAACAAGAACAACCGGCGCCUGGCCGAGGUGUGGAUGGACGAGUUCAAGGAUUUCUUCUACAUCAUCUCCCCCGGGGUGGUGAAGGUGGAUUAUGGAGACGUUUCCGUCAGGAAAGCUCUGCGGGAGAGCCUGGGAUGCAAACCCUUCUCCUGGUACCUGGAGAACGUCUACCCCGACUCGCAGAUCCCGCGGCGCUACUACUCCCUGGGAGAGAUCAGGAAUGUUGAAACCAACCAGUGCUUGGACAACAUGGGCCGCAAGGAGAACGAAAAAGUGGGAUUUUUCAACUGCCACGGCAUGGGAGGGAACCAGGUGUUUUCCUACACGGCGGACAAGGAGAUCCGCACGGAUGACCUGUGCCUGGACGUGUCGCGCCUCAACGGCCCCGUGCUGAUGCUCAAGUGCCACCACCUGAGGGGCAACCAGCUCUGGGAGUACGACGCCGAGAAGCUCACCCUGAGGCACCUGAACAGCAACCAGUGCCUGGCGGAGCCGUCGGAGGAGGAUCGGCUGGUUCCCACCAUGCGGGAAUGCGGGAGCGGCCGCUCCCAGCAGUGGCUGCUGCGCAACAUGACCCUGGGAGCCUGAUUCCUGCUCACAUCCCGCUGUUCCCGCUUCUCCCGCUGCUCCCAGCAGCGCCCAGCCCCGUCCCAGCGGAGCCACCGGCGAGUUCCCGGUCCCUCCGAGCGAUCCGAGCUGCGGAUACCGGCGGCAGAGCGCUCCCGAGAUUCCAGAGGCAUGGCUGACCCUGGAGACGUUGGGAUGUGGAGGUGUUGCUGUCACCAUGGACAGGUGGCCCUGGGAG